GCGAUGAGAGAUGGAGAAGUUGUGGCAGAGCUUUUGGUGACGCUUAAAGAAGCCAAAGUAAUCAAGAAUCCGACUGUAGCAGCGCUCCGGUGGGGGAUCCGACAGCCACGGUCUCAGUCUCCAAGAAAAGAAGCUGAAUCUAGAUGUAGUCCAAGUACACCACUGUCUUGGAGUGGUGGUUGUGGUGGUUCUUCUUCUUCUCCAUCUGGUUAUGUCGAUGGUUACGAAGCUACUAGUCGUCGAAUCAGUUCCGUUGGAUCUAGAUCGAAG